AUGUCCUUCUUCAAGCAAAAGCUCAAAGAACUCAAGGAGAUGCCCUCAGCUCCUGAGGGCGCUCCGGCUCAUAUUAGUUUUUUGACUGAGGCCGUCAAGAAGACCGCUAAGGUCAUUGACCACGGUCGCCAAAACGUUAUCGGUAUCUUGAACCCAAACCGUCGCCAUGACGAACCACACGAACAGGCGCAAGACGCGCUGCGAGCAGAAAUCAGGGCGGGACAUCGAUUCACCAGUUUCGCGCCCGAGCGCUCGAACAAUACGUGCAAAUGGCACAUCGACGGUCACGAUUACAUGUGGGCGAUUUCAGAGAUGAUUGACAACGCCAAAGAGGCCAUCUUCAUUUUGGAUUGGUGGCUCACUCCCGAGUUGUACCUGCGUCGACCCCCGGCUUACUUCCCUGAAUGGCGUUUGGACCGUCUCCUUCUCAGGAAGGCCGAACAAGGCGUCAAGAUUCAUAUCGUCGUUUACAAAGAGGUUACUCAAACGAUGAGUUUGGGCUCUAAGCACACCAAGAACUACCUCAAUAGUUUACACCCCAACAUUGCUGUUAUGCGCCACCCUGACCACAUUGGCUCUAAGGGUAAAACGCCGUUGCAAUCUGGUCUCAUCACGAAAAAGCCAGUUGUUGUUGUGGAUAACCACUUUGCCGCAGUGGGCGGUCUCGAUCUGUGCUUUGGGCGCUGGGAUACCCACAACCACCCUCUCGCAGACGUUCACCCCACCGAGUUCGACCUUACCCUCUUCCCCGGACAAGACUACAACAAUGCUCGGAUCAUGGACUUCCAAGAGGUCAAGAACUACGCCAGCAAUGCCCUGUCCCCUCUCGACAGUCCCCGUAUGCCUUGGCACGAUGUUCACAUGACCCUUGUUGGCCCAGCCGUCUUGGAUAUUUCUCAGCACUUCGUCGAACGAUGGAACGAGAUCAAGAAGCGCAAGUACGCAGAUGAUGAGCGUUUCUUGUGGCUCGCCUUGCCUCACGAACCGGAACACGCCCCUGAGGAGCCGGCAGCACGUCACCCUCAUUUGGAAGAGUGGAAGAAGAUCGGGCGCAAGUACAAGCAGCGAUGGCACGGGCAACAUACCGGCGACGAACACCACCACUACCCUCAAACCCAGAAUGGCAAUUGCCGCGUGCAGGUGGUUCGAAGCGUCGCGGAUUGGUCGCAUGGGUAUCUUGUCGAGCAUAGUGUUCAGGAUGCCUAUAUCAAGCUCAUCGAAGAGGCUGAGCAUUACAUUUACAUUGAGAACCAAUUCUUUAUCACUGCUACCAAGCCUGGAACUCUCAUUACGAACUUGAUCGGAAAGGCUCUUGUCAUCGUUGCCAUCCCUGAAGUUCCUGGAUUCGCUGGUGAACUCAAGGGUGAAGCCUCUAUUGGAUACAUCAUGGCUGCUCAAUACAGAAGUAUCAACCGCGGCGGUGACAGUAUCUAUGAGGCUAUCCGUGCUGCUGGAUAUGAGCCAAUGGACUACAUUCGAUUCUAUCACCUGCGCUCUUACGACAGGAUCAAUGCCCCAGCUGGUUUCAUCAAGGCCAUCGAAGAAAACUCUGGUGUCUCCUUCGAGCAAGCCCAAGUCGCCAUCGCGCGCAAGUGGAUCUCCGGAGACUACUACACCAACCAAAAGACGGUCACGGUCGCCAAGUCCCAUCUCACCGAUGAAGGUCUCAUCCAAACCGAAAAGACUGAAAAGAACACCGUGGAGGUUGCUGUCCCCGAGACUGACGAGGCUGCCGAUGAGAUCGUGACGAGGUUUGAGAAGGGAGCGGAGAACCUUCGCAGGGAUACUGAUGUUGCUGAUUCGGUGUCGAGCCAUUUGUUGGAAGCGGGUACCUCGCUUCUUGAUGAGCCAUGGCAUGGGACUGAAGAGGAAGAGUUGAACGCAUAUGUAUCGGAGAUGUUGUAUAUCCACUCCAAGCUUAUGAUCGUGGAUGACCGUCGUGUCAUUAUCGGUUCUGCGAACAUCAACGACCGUAGCCAGAAGGGCGAUGGUGAUUCGGAGAUUUGUUUGGUGGUCGAAGAUGACGAUAUGAUCGACUCUACCAUGGAUGGGCAGCCUUACAAAGUGUCCAGGUUUGCCGCUACGCUUCGACGCAAGUUGUACAGGGAGCACCUCGGCCUCAUCGAGCCUCAGGAAUGCAACAAGCGCUACCCCAAGGUCACUUCCUUCAUGCGCCCCGCGCCUAUCCCCAACGAGGACGAGACGCACCUCGAGGAGGAUAGGUUGGUGGCUGACCCCAUCUCGCGCGAGACGAUGCUCCUCUGGAUGGAGACUGCGCGCAAGAACCGCGAGGCGUUCUCAGAGUUCUUCCGGCCUGUGCCUACGAACUUGGUUCGUGAUUGGGCUGCGUAUGAGAAAUAUGUGCCAAAGGUUAAGACUGGACAUGUUGUUCCUGGUACGGACCUUAACAAGAUGAAGCAACGGCUUAAUCAAGUCAAGGGCGCGCUCGUUGAAGCUCCUUUGGAUUUCCUCAUGGACCAGAAGGACUUCCAUACCGGACCGGAAUGGGCUGGUCUCCUCCCUACUUUGCCCAUCUAUAUCUAA